AUGUCUCAGGAUUUACGGGUAAGAGACACAGGCGGUGCAAAUACCAUCAGCAUAUUCACUGAUGGCUCAAAAAUCAACGAAGAGGCAGGCUGCGCUUUUAUUUCUCAUUAUCAUGAUAAAGUCUUAGAAACAUGGAAAGGAUACCUUGGACUUAAUAGAUCGGUAUUCCAAGCUGAAGCAGUAGCAUUGCGCCAGGCUAUAACAGCAGCUAUGAAGUUUGUUGACCAAGAAGUUUGUAUUUUCUCAGAUAGUCAGUCGGCAAUCUUUGCUCUUCGUGAUCCAUUCCAUCCAUCACCGAUCAUAGCAGAUAUACAAUGCCUGCUCAAAGAAAAUGCGCAUGACUGCAACAUCCAGAUUUUAUGGAUUAAAGCGCACGUGGGCCACAGGGGCAAUGAGGAUGCAGACACUCUUGCAAAGGAAGCUGCAAAGAAUAUCGGUGCGCAAGAUGUCCAGAUCCCGCUUCCCAAAUCUUAUCUGAAGCGAGUCUGUCGCAUUAAAUCGCAGCAACAAUGGCAAGAGGAAAGAGGAAUGGGACUCUAUAUCGCAAGGCCGUAG